GUGAACUACCACACGAUGCAAUGGUGCGAAGUGUGCGUCACAAUCUUCUGGUAACUCAGAUAGCAAGUGAUGUUCUCAUCGAUUCGGGGUUACGCCUGUGGUUGGACGAUGCAAGGCAGCUGUGUGGAUUGAGAAUGAUUAAGAACUGGAGAGGUACUCUGAAAUUGAAAUUUACCAACAAUCUUCUGUCAUUUAUCAAUCAUCCAUGCUGGAUGAUUGCGUGUGCUGCUGAACUCUCGGCGGGCAGACGAAGAUACAGCUGUUCGCGUGAUUGAAUGACGUUUCGUGAAGCUAUUGCGUUCAAGCUGCAAGAACCAUGACGGCGAUGCAAUUCGGCCGCAGUUUCUUGGAUAGCGUCAGUGCGACGACGUGGGACAAAUUUUCGUCGCAGAAAAAUGUCGCCGCUACGUCCAGUUUUAUCCGUUCAUCGCUCAACCGUGCGGCGAGAUGUAAUGCAGUUCCUGCUGGUGCACAUGCGAUCGGUUCGGCCGAUUCGAUCUUCGACAUCGGAGCUGACGAUUCCAAUGUACAUCGAAAGCACGGAUAUUCGCGUGCGAGCAGAGAAAAUCGCGACAUGGGCGAAAAGGGAUGGCAAGAACUGCCGCUGAACGAGGAUCAGUACCUGGAAAUGCACACAGACGAUAGCGGGACAGGAAAUAAAAAUUCUUUGGUGACGGUACGAAAUAUAACGGGAUGUGGAGGUGUCGGAACUGUCAUUCAUUCUGCUGAUCCUCGGAAAAAAUCUAACGACGUUCAGUCGUCUCGGAAAGUUAAAAAGACACCAGCAUUACCUACGGUGUUCGAUGAAGAUAGUGAGAAGCAAGCGGAGGAACUUUCAAAGUUGGUUUCCAAUAAAAUCCAGGACGUGAGCCGCGUCAAGUCAUUCACGCCGCAUUCUUUGGAUGCAUUUGUGCAGUCGAAGAUUUCCGUGGAUAAUUUGCUGAUUCGUCUGUACGGGUUGCAGUCCAAGAUCUCCGACGUAAAAGUCCAGCUUAUCGCGGGAAUUUCUGAUGACACGAAUCAGCGGGCUGGCGUUCUUCCUUGCGGAAUGAUCAAUGCGUCGAGCAAGUUUCUCGCGAGGAUUAUUCAAUCGGAGAAAAGAAGGCUGCGGAUGCUGCGUCAAAUUAAUAACAAGAAAGUUUCCUUGCACCUUCGUCCAGAAUUCUUCGACAGAAAAUCCGUGAAUGCCGUGGUUACAUUUAUUUGUACUGGGAAUAUUCGGAUUUCGGAAGCAUUGUACCGGAGAUUUUUGAACGCUUGCCACUUACUGAAGAUCAUCAGCAAUAUCCCUCUCGAGUAUCUUCUGAACCUUAAAUCCAAGGUCAACAUUUGCUUGACUCCUGUCGAAGUUCAGAUGUUGCGUCAUCGUCGCCGGUGCGAGAAGAAAACAUCUUUGAACAUUUAUCCCCGCAAGAUUGCCGAUUGCCUGUGGAGUGGUUGGAUUGAAGACUGUACAGCCGUUAUAGGAUUCCGCCGUGUCUUCUUCUGUGACAGCUGCGUGGAAAUAUUUUAUGAAUUCAACUUCGCCUUAUCGGUGCGGAAUCCUUUUGCGCCACUCAAUUUCCGCGUUGAAUUUUCCCCUCCAGAGCAAAUUUCCGACACGAAGAAAGCAAAACGGUUCAAUUUCGUGAAAAUCAUGGUGGGUCGGAAGAGGCGCUGCGUGAAAAACAGAGCAGUUCUUGAGCAAUGCAGUGAAGUUUUGCGGAAACUUGUCGCUGAUGCUGUUGAUUAUGCCAGGAAGAAUUGCCGACUCGCCCCAGUCAUAAAAUUCAAUUCAAGACUUUUGAAUGCUGACUGCGUUAUUGCUGCGAUACAUUUCCUGUCAUCUGGACAAGCGAUCAUCGCAAAAUCACUGAAGGAUGAUUUUUUGCUGACGAUGGAACGCUUGGGAAUAUGCGUCAACAUUCCGGACAAUAUCGGAAAGAACGUGACCAACGUUGAUCUCCUAGAAAGAAGCAAAGACUUGAACGCAUCGUCAGAUUCCAUGUCCAACAUGCAAAGCGACGUGACAUACGUUCCCCCAAAUCAUUUGAGACCAUUCAAGAAAAUCGAAUGCUCUACGAGAAUGACACGGUCAGCAAUAAGUUCUUCUAAGUACCAAGAAAGACAGAAGUCCUUUGCCGGUGAUGAACGGAAAUUGGACGAAGUACGUCACAAUGGAUGUCCGGAUCUUACGGUUCCGGUUGAUCGAAACGAAUUAGUUCAGCAAUGGGUUGUCACGUUACCCGAUGAGACGGAGGAUUUGGAGGAAGAUGCGCAUUUGUUUUCGCAACUCGGUAAUACGGAUCUGAAAAAUACUGAAGGUGACAAGUUGUUGUUGCCGAGACGUGAAAGUAGCAGCAGUGGUGUUCAAGCUGUUGCGAUUUCAAAGUUCAAGAAACCUGUGGACUACCUUCAAACGACGAAAGCAGCCCAAGUGCUUCCCGAAAAGGAAAGUGGAUCUCACGCUAUUGCUGAAAUUCUUUCCCUUGACGAGGCAGAGAAAGAAAAGGCAAAUCGAACUGCUUCGCCAUUUCUGCAAGACGAAGAGGCAUUUUUCGCGUUCGAUACGUUCGCGUGCAUAGAAGAGAUAUCAUCGACUGACAUUGGGAACCGGAGAUCCUCCAUAGGGGUUUGCUCUUCGGAAGAAUUCUUGAAGAGAAGGAAUCGCGGCCAAAUUUCUUGGCUAGAAUUCGACGCUGUGAUGACACCAACGGGCACUGCAGAUGGAAAUACUUUCAAUGCGGCAUCGACAUCUAAAGAUGAUGCGAAGCAAAAAGCAUUCUUCAGGGAACUGUUCGCCUGUCAUCACGCGAGUCGCAUGCAGAAACUUGCCCAAACGAAUACUGAUGCGAGUUUCUUUUCCUUUCUCGAGGCGUUCAACGUGGAGAAGACUCUGUGGACAGCGGUGCCAACGGAAUGCACCUCCUCGGAAAACUUUCAGUUUUUCUGUGACAGCCGAGAAAAGUUAUUCAAUCGUGUCAAUAAGUGUGCAACCAUGCGCGGGUUCCAUUCAGCAGCAUCUGCGAACAUAGAUGGCUUCCAGAACAUAUCGGACUUGGCGCCCUACGUGUCCAACGUGCGAAUCGUCGGCGUCGUCAUUGCGAGGUCUUCCGUGAAAACUUUUCAA